GACCCACCGGAGACAUCAUCAUUGGCCAGGCAGACGAGUUUGGCACCAACAGGUCCAACCAUUGGGGCUUUUUCCCCUCUCCCUUUCCCUUUCCGUCUUAUUAUUGCCCCCGUAAUACGGCUUCAGCCCGUUAGUGCCUAUGAAGUGGGACAGAAAAAAAGGGAAAAGAGGGAAGAGGCAAACAUUAGAAAAAGGCCUCGAUGCCAUCCCUCUUCGAACCCGGUGUACUGUCCUUUCACUUAGCCCAUUAUUCUUUCUUUCCGCUCUCUAAAUCCUUCAUAGCGUCAACCACAAGGCCAAAUUUGCUUCGGACGUCUGUGACAGUUCGCACGGCAGCCUGCUGGCCCACCUUUUUUGUCUUGCGUUCACACACUUGAAUUCCACCCCGCACUUCUACCCAAUCGGCACCAAUCAUUUCCCUGGGCAGGGGUGUAAGCGACUGGGCCAUGGAUUGUCGGCAUUAUCGUGAUCAGGUGUUGGGUAUGUUGCGUUCUACACUUCUCACGCCACGGGAUCCCUAGGACUCACAUUAGGUAGACAACUGUCGAGCCCUCUUCAAUGCCGAUGUUCGGAUCCUAACAUAUACUCGAGCUCCCCUCGGCGGCAGAGACUGUAUUGCCUCCAAACUAAACUAUCACGCCAUAAUCGUUUCCAAGGACUCUGCGGGGAAACUUGGGAGAGAGAAUGCUUUGCUCGGCCCAAGCCAUGCUCUUUCACGGCAAGGUGCUGUCGUGGCCUUGUUAAAACAGACUGAGGAGAUGUUGGGUGAUAUGUUACAAAAAAGGGAGGAGGAGGGGGGGGAAGUGAUGGGUCUUAGAAGGGGGGGGAUAGAUACAGAGGUCAGAAAUCAGGAAACACGCUCGAUACCAAGCUCUCCAAGCAGCUUCUCGGAUACGUCCACUUCACUCGCCCGGGAAAUGGAGACCGAAGCCAAAUACCCGCAUCAAGAUCCAGUGCCAACUAGAGAAGAAUCGGUGCUGCCACGAAAUCCACGGGAUAGUGAAAUAGGAAUCGCCCUUCUUGGAGCCCGGGAUAGUUCGUUGGGGGUUCAGGUUCGACCCGGGUGGCGGGGCCUGCUAGCGAGCCAGGCAGAUGCGGCGCCACCAAAGCCUUCUUUACCACAGCCACCGUUGGUCGAACGAAACUCCCAAUCUCUAUCCACACCUGCGCCCCAGUCUCUGCCUGGCCCAAGAGCCAUAGGACCAGUGAAGGCCACUUGCCUAACCCCUGCGACACACCACAAGUCGCUUAUAAAUACACCUGAAAUGGGAAUGCACCGCACGGAGGAUUCAGGCAGUCCUGGGGCCUUGAGCCCAUUCAGUGCUGGUUGGGAUUUCACAAGAAUGCAUCGCGUAGGGCGAUCCAGCUACCAAAGUACUGGGAGUGAUACCGCUCAGUACGAGUCGGGGACCGAAGCGGGCUACGAGUCUGAGGUUAGCCAAACCACCUUUGCAACAGAUCCCGGGUUUAUCACACCACGCAGCGCUACGCCUACAGGCACUGAGCGCUUAGACUCAAAGCAAAAGCCAGAACAAGACCUUUCGAGUUUCAACAGAGCAUUACUGAAGAAUGAGGUGGAGCUAGCUGUGAAGACAUUGCUUCAUGGUCUGGCAGGACAAGUGGGUAGUCCUAACGAUUUUUCAUGAGAUUCUUGCGAGUUGGGUUAUGUUGUAAUGCUGGGAUAUACGAGUAACGUUAGGCUCCGGUGGAUUUUUGAGGAUGAUCAGGGGGGAGAGCAGCAGGGGCGGAAUGGAUCCCCGAGAGUGUGAAGCUAUGGUAUUGCCGUACCACCCUAAUAAGAUGAACCCAAUUGAAUUGAAAGUACGGUACUUCACUGCUGUGUUCUGGUUCUUUGUAAUACGAAGCUGUAACGACUAUUAAGCGGAGUACAGGGAGGAACCAUCCCUGGUAUUUGAGCCGAAAGAACUUUGGAACCUAGCAUGAGGAUACAUACAAACGCUUUGGGAGUGCG